AUGAGUAACGAGAGUCAGUCUCGCUCUGACGCUCAGGUGGAAAGUCAAGAGCAAGGUCAACAAGAUGAUCAUCAGCCUCAUGCUUCAAAUCAACAAUUCUCAAAGAGUGAUACACCAACAUUACCAGGACCUAUAAACUCAUCAAUGCCUUCUCAAUACGGUAGCCAUCUUCCUGUGAUAGUGUCUUCAUUCCCUUCGGGUACCGCUCUUCAACAGUUCCAAUAUCAACAACAAGCUGCUUAUGUUCAAGCGGUUCAAAACCAGUACUAUCAACAUCAUCAACAACAACAGCCUAUUCACCACCUUCCCCCUGGCCCACUUCCCAACGGUCAGAUUCCUCAAUUACAUUCUGUUCCACAAGAAUUGAAUCACUUGCCUUCUCACCAAUUUCAAACUCCUCAAAGGACAAUGGGUGCCCCAUCACUUCCACUUUCUGCUUCGGCCCUUCCAAAACAUGGAAUGACUCCAAUAGCUACACCUGAUUCCCAACGUAAAAGGCAAAAGAGAAAUGACUUCAUGGGUGAUGAUAAUGCUGUGGAGCUGAAAAAUCUUGCUUAUAGAUCAUUGGAUUUGCCAUUAGAAGAAGUUGCUGCUCAAGUGAGAGCUGUUGAAAUAAGCAAUACAUCCUCGUCGUCAACCCCGGUUCCAACAGAUACUAAAACACAAUAUAAGAAAGAUGCUGCAAGAGAAAGACAGCGUCAAAUUUUUGGAAUGGUUUGGUUAUUAAAAUCUGCAAAGCUGGUGUUUCUAUGCUGA